AGUGACCGCAGGGGGGCGCAACUGUCCAGCACCAUAGAAGCGGGGUGCUGUGACGUCUGAGCACGUGCACAGGGACACGUGGCAGGAAAUCACUCUUUUCUGCGAUGUCUGCAGAAAUGGACUCGACACCGCAGAUAAAGAUUGGCAUCGUUGGCGGCUCUGGGCUGGAUGAUCCAGACAUACUGGAGUGCAGGACGGAGCGCUUUGUGGACACACCCUUUGGAAAACCAUCAGAUGCUCUUAUAAUGGGAAAAAUUAAAAAUGUCGAUUGUGUGCUUCUUGCCAGGCAUGGGAGACAACACACCAUCAUGCCAUCUAAUGUGAACUACAGGGCUAAUAUCUGGGCCCUAAAGCAGCAGGGUUGUACUCAUGUGAUUGUGACAACAGCCUGUGGGUCGCUGAGAGAGGACAUCCAGCCCGGAGACAUCGUCCUGCUUGACCAGUUCAUCGACAGGAGCACCAAGAGAGAGCAGACGUUUUAUGAUGGCUCUCCCAGCAGCUUACAAGGCGUGUGUCACAUCCCUAUGGCUGAACCUUUCUGCUCCAGGACCAGAGAAGUGUUAAUAGACGUGGUGAAGGGUUUGGGUAUACGUUAUCACCCCCGUGGGACAAUGCUGACCAUUGAGGGCCCGCGCUUCUCCUCUCGCGCCGAAAGCCUUAUGUUCCGCCAGUGGGGUGCUGACGUCAUCAACAUGACCACCGUCCCCGAGGUCAUCCUGGCUAAGGAGGUUGGCCUGUGCUAUGCCAGCAUCGCCAUGGCAACAGACUAUGACUGCUGGAAAGAGCACGAGGAGGCAGUUUGUGUGGAUAACGUCAUGAAGACCAUGAAGGAGAACGCCAACAAAGCCAGCAGCAUCCUGCUAACGGCCAUCCCGGUGAUCUGCCAGAUGGACUGGGAGCACACCAUCGCCGGACAUAGAGCCGUGGCACAAAGCUCCGUCAUGCUGCCCAAACACUGAAGCUGAAGACAUGACUGAGUCACCCCAUCUGCACACACACUGCACCCAUACGCUUAUCGGAAUUACUGGAUGAAAAGUGCCUGAUGUGCAUGUUUCAGACUUCCUUGCAUUUAUACACGCACACACACACAUGCGCACACACACACACACACACGCACGCACACACACACACACACACGCACACACACGUGCAAAAGUUUAGGUGCCCCUGCUCAAAUGACACGUGUUGUUGAUUUUCUGAGUGAAAAGAGUGCCCACCCUCUUCAGAGAAGACCUCCACCUUAACAGAUGGUUACUGUUCAUUUUCAUAUUAGAGAGGAAGUAACCAUGUCAGAGUGGCCUGUGUAAAUUUUAUAUGUUAUGUUUAAUUUUUCAGGUCAGAUAGUGGGAAUGCACCCAUUUCAAAUUCAUUCACAGCACAUUUAGGCUUUGUGUUUUGUCUCAUUCUUCUGGUCUGCUUUCAUCCUUCAGCGCUGCUGGACCACUGGCUGCUUUUGAAACAUACAUAAUCCAUGUUAUUUGGUUUUGUGUUGAGUUUAUGUUUCUGUAAAACUUUUGUUUUACUACACUGUGCUAUAAAUAUGAUUUGGGCUUACCAAGGUAGACCCAGCUAUUUCACACGGUUUUUAUUUUUGAAGUGAUAAACUGCAGGAUGUUCCACGGAACCAUCUGCAUGACGUUUCAGUAAUAAAGUUUUUUUUUUUUUAUCAGAUCUUUUAUACCAGUUUUUUUUUGUUUCUUUGUUUUUUGGCAUGUGUGUCCAUCCUCUGGCUCUCUGUAAGUGAGGCCUCAGCUGCCCAGGCUUAGUGUUCUUUUCUGUUGUGUAUGGCAUUUAUCUGUGUCGUUGAAGCUGCUCUUAUAUACAUUCAUGUCCUCUAAACCUUGGUUUUGUAUUUUUGUAGCUUCAAUAAAAGUGUUACACGCACAA